UUUAUCGAAACAUGGAAACAGUAUUCAAUUGUAUUACCUUACUGCCGCACAUAUAUUUACAAUUUGAUAAACAUAAUAUUAAGAAUUUUAAUUAUUAAUCAGUAUUUUUUAUUGUUUACAAUAGCCUAUCAUUAGUGUUGUAUUAUCACUUCAGAAUCGGUAGAGCCACGUUUUUUGGUUCAGUUCAUUGACCGUUUCGAUUAUAAAAAAAUACAGGAUAUUAUAAAAUAUAUACAAUCUCGUUUUUAUUAAGAUUAAAAUAAAUAAUAAUUUUGUUUAUUCCGUUAAUAAUAGUUAUUUCUCGUGACUUUAAUUAUCAUCAUGUUCUAUUUGGAAGAUUUUCUGGAAAAACUUGAACUCUUACCGCAAGAAAUAAAAAAUCGCACAGCAAAAAUUGGAAAAUUGGACUCACAAGUAGAAAAUUCUAUGAACAGUAUAAAAAAAAACUUAGACAUUUUAUUUUCAAAAGCUGACACUAUGAAUCCAGAUGAUUUAAAGGAAAAAUUUAAUGCACUUAUGAAAGAAGGCAACAAAGCUCUUAAACAAUCUGAUUCAAAACUUCAGAUUGCUAAUGAAAUGCAAAAUCUAAUGACGAAAUACAUAAAACGAUUGGAUCUUGAGUUAUAUGGAUUUAAAACUGAAUUGGAAGCUGAUAAAAGCGGAAUUACUGAACUUAUUGAAAAAAGAAUUUUAGAUUCAGAUCAAAGCAAUACAUCCAAUUAUAAAGAGAAUAAGUAUGAAACAAACAGAUAUCUUUUUGGAGAAAUAGAAGAAGUCUUAAAUAGUGUUAGCAGUGUCAAUCAAAAAUUUAUUGAGGUAGCUUCGAAUGCAUCUAGUAGUGAAGAAUUAGUAUCAUAUUAUCAACCUGAUACAAGUUCUGUUAAUUCUCAAAUGGCUCCAUUUCCAAUAUCUUUAACUAUGGGAUCUGGCUGCACAGCAUUUACAGCAGUUGGGCGUGAAGAUAUUGUUUCUUCUCAAAAGUUGUCUUGUGGGCGUAGGUCAUCAAAAGAUUCUUUUGAUGCAAUCAAUCAUGACCAAAUUAAAGACAAAUUGGAUUUUUUAUUAAAAGCAUUUCCUACUAGUAAAGAAACCGCGGAAUUUGUUAAAUCUAGUAGUAACCAAAUAAAAAAAAAUAAAAAAGAAGGAAUUGUGUGUAAAGAAAAAUCAAUUGAUGAAGAUAAACCAAUUGAUCCUAAUGAACCACAAUAUUGUUUAUGUAAUCAAAUAGCUUAUGGUGCAAUGGUGGCUUGUGAUAAUAAAAAGUGCCCACAUGAAUGGUUUCAUUAUGAAUGUGUUGGUAUUACAAAUCCACCACAUGGAAAGUGGUAUUGUCCUAAGUGUAUCAUCAAACUGAAGAGAAAAAGAUAAAAAUUAAGUACAAUCACAUUAUUUUUUACAAUGUGUUUUUACAAUUGCUGUAAAAACAUAAACAUAUGUGUGUUUAUGUUAAUAUUUAUAAAUAUAGUUGUUCCCGUUUUUUAUUGUAGGAAUAUU